UACAUUUCUUUCUCCUUUUAUGGCCACGAAAAAAAAAAAAACAAAUUACUCACUAUUUUCGUGUCAGAGAUACUUCAUGAAACUCGCAAAAACUUUCAAGAGAGACGUUAUAGUAUAUAAAUCGAAGAUUAAAUGGCUAAAUCACAACUAUAAUAUAAAUACGCUAUUCAAACCCUAAACGUAAAUGUAUCUUAUGAAACGAAAAAUACAAAACGACAGCCAAGACGUUCAAAAAAGAUGAUCAUCUUUUUCGCUCCGUACUUCACAUUUUCUCUUCGCAGUUCGAACAAAACCAAGUUCACAGCAUGUGAAUUUACAAUAAAUCAUAAAGGUUCCUUCCAAUUAAGAAGAUACAAGAAGAAAAACAAAAGACAUGAGAAGAAUUGUUCUCUGAAUCUAUCCGAAAUCGAACGUACGAAAGUUGAACUAUUCGCGAUGAGUACAUGGAGCAUGAAAUUCGUUUGGACGUGAAUCGCGACGGGGAAAUCGAACGGUUCUGAUAGAAGCUAUGUAAACGAGACAAGAUCCCGGGAACAAUCUCAAACAUGAAAAAUCGUAUGUCGAACGCGUCGCAAGAAUUCGUCGAGUUCUUCUCGCGCGUCGCCUGCUGGAUAUGGGAGACCAUCGAAAAGUUAUUCGACAUCAUUCUCGAUUUCUUGGCGAGGAUAAUCGAGCUGAUACUAGCGGUGAUGAACCUGAUUUUUCAGGUGAUCUGUUUCCUAAGGGAUCUCUGUAUCGAGGCCAUGCAAACAUUCGCCAACGUCUUUCGAGGGAUCGUUAACGUCGUUAGCAAUAUCAGCUGCGAAGAGGUCGAGGAUUUCGUCUCUGCUUGCAUCGUUGUUCUGCUUUGGAUCGUCGCAUUUAAACUCGUGCGGAAUUUGUUGCAAAACUCUCGAAUAGCUGCGUUUCUUAAACCACGACACACGAGUUUGAACAUAAACGACAAUAAUAAAGUAGAGAGGCUCGAGCUAGGAGUUUGUCCGGCGCAGAGGAGGACAGGGAAAAGGAUAAACCGACGUAACGGCAAGCGACCUCGAACUGAUCCUAAACAGGAAUUCAAUGAUUAGAAAAUAGAAGGUAAAGAUUUAAAGAGGAAGAAAAAUUAAAUAUAUUAGGUUUAAUGUAAAGAGACCAUGCAUUAAAAAUGUAGUAUUUUUUUAUG